AUGCCUGUACAAGCUCCACAAUGGACGGAUUUCCUUUCCUGCCCGAUUUGCACACAGACUUUCGAUGAAACAAUCCGGAAGCCCAUCAGCUUGGGUUGUGGCCACACUGUCUGCAAGAUGUGCCUCAACAAGCUCCACCGUAAGGCAUGCCCUUUUGACCAGACCACUAUCAAUACAGACAUUGAACUUCUUCCUGUGAACUCGGCCUUGCUGCAACUAGUGGGUGCUCAGGUUCCUGAACAGCAGCCAAUUACUUUAUGUAGUGGAGCUGAAGAUACCAAGCAUUAUGAGGAGGGCAAGAAAUGUGUGGAAGAAUUGGCAUUGUACCUCAAACCACUCAGCAGUGCAAGAGGUGUGGGUCUUAACAGUACUACUCAGAGCGUGCUAAGUCGUCCUAUGCAAAGGAAACUUGUGACAUUAGUUCAUUGCCAGCUGGUGGAGGAAGAAGGGCGGAUCAGAGCCAUGCGUGCAGCACGGUCACUUGGUGAAAGAACGGUCACAGAGCUCAUUCUUCAGCAUCAAAAUCCUCAACAGCUCUCUUCCAACCUCUGGGCUGCAGUGAGAGCCAGAGGGUGCCAGUUCCUUGGACCAGCAAUGCAAGAGGAGGCUUUAAAGCUGGUUCUACUGGCUCUAGAAGAUGGAUCUGCUUUGUCACGAAAAGUCUUGGUUCUCUUUGUGGUUCAGAGGCUGGAGCCACGAUUUCCUCAGGCUUCUAAAACUAGCAUUGGGCAUGUUGUCCAGCUUCUUUACAGAGCCUCGUGCUUCAAGGUGACGAAGCGAGAUGAGGAUUCCUCCCUGAUGCAACUGAAGGAGGAAUUUCGGACUUACGAAGCUCUGAGAAGGGAACACGAUUCCCAGAUAGUUCAAAUUGCCAUGGAAGCAGGUUUACGCAUUGCACCAGAUCAGUGGUCCUCACUGCUGUAUGGAGACCAGUCUCACAAAUCCCACAUGCAGUCUAUCAUUGACAAGUUGCAGACCCCAGCCUCGUUUGCACAGAGUGUUCAGGAAUUAACUAUUGCUCUUCAGAGGACUGGAGAUCCAGCUAACCUGAAUCGUCUUCGGCCUCACCUAGAGCUCCUGGCAAAUAUUGAUCCUAGUCCAGAUGCUCCCCCUCCAACGUGGGAACAACUGGAAAAUGGACUAGUUGCUGUGAGGACUGUGGUUCAUGGCUUAGUUGAUUAUAUCCAGAAUCACAGCAAGAAAGGAACAGAUCAGCAACAGCCUCCUCAGCACAGCAAGUACAAGACAUACAUGUGCCGAGACAUGAAACAGAGAGGAGGAUGCCCCCGAGGGGCCAGCUGCACCUUUGCACAUUCACAAGAGGAGCUAGAAAAAUUCCGUAAAAUGAACAAGCGUCUGGUUCCCAGAAGACCCCUGAGUGCCUCCCUGGGCCAGCUGAACGAGGUGGGCCUGGCUUCAGGAGCCAUCCUCUCAGAGGAAGGGGGAGUGGACUUGCCCAGUAGGAAAACGCCUGCUCUGCCAAAUGGAAUUGUGUCAACAGGCAGCACAGUGACGCCACUUAUUUCCCGAGGGACUGACUCCGGUUACGAAUCUGCUCUGAAGCCAGGGAAGAUGGACCACCUGAGUAGCAGUGCCCCUGGAUCCCCUCCUGACUUGCUGGAAUCUGUCCCCAAGAGCUCUAUUUCUGCCUUACCAGUCAACCCUCAUCCUGUGCCUGCUCGGGCACCCACAGAUCUGCCUUCAGUGUCUGUCACCAAGCAGUUGCAAAUUGUACCACGAGGGUCUCAGCUGUAUAAUACUCAGCAAGCAGAUAUGUUUUAUCAAGAUCCUAGAGGAGCUGCCCCACCAUUUGAGCCAGCACCCUACCAACAAGGAGUUUACUAUCCCACUCAGUCCAUGUCUCGCUUUGUCCGACCUCCUCCAUCAGCUCCUGAACCUGGUCCACCCUACCUAGACCAUUACGCGCCGUAUCUUCAGGAUCGUGUCGUGAGCCCACAGUACCCGCAGCCACAGUGUAUGGCGCAACCCAUAUACCCACCGCACUAUGACAGCCGUCGUGUGUAUCCCCCCGUCCAGCCGUAUCAGCGAGAGGAGAUUGUCCGGGGAAGCCCUGUACCCAUUGAAAUUCCACAAGCAGCUGUACCUUCCUACGUACCUGAAUCCAGAGACAGAUACCAGCAACCAGAGGGUUAUUGCCCAGUGGCUCCACAUCUCAGUCAGAUCAGACCUUCAUGCCACAGGUACAUGGUUGCCAUACUCUCUGACACAUUUCUGUAUUCAUUUCAGCCUCAUCCCAGCCUGGAUGAACUUCACCGGCGAAGGAAGGAGAUCAUGGCGCAGCUGGAAGAGAGGAAGGUGAUUUCUCCACCUCCUUUUGCACCAUCACCAACCUUGCCUCAUCCUUUUCAUUCAGAGGAGUACUUGGAUGAAGACCUGAAGGUAGCUGGGAAAUACAAAGGAAAUGACUACAGCCAGUACUCUCCCUGGUCCUGUGACACCAUCGGCUCCUACAUUGGAACCAAAGAUGCAAAACCCAAAGAUGUUGUGGCAGCAAGGAGUGUGGAGAUGGCG